UCCUCUUACAAGCCGGGCAGGCGAGCGGGCGGCCAGCGGAGGCACGUAAACAAACCGUCGGUAGGGCACAUUUGUGACGUCCGAAGAAGAAACAGGAAAAUAAGAGUAUCUAGUAACGUGAGGAACGUCAAAUUAAAAGAAAGAGAUCGAGGUAUCGUCAGUAGUGGAAACGCAAAGGAGCUGCUCUUGGAAAUAACUGGAAUCUAACGGUAUAAUACCCAGGCUGAGAAUGCACAUGGCUUCACUUCUUUGGAAUGUUAAGAGUACACUUGGUAUCCGGCUGUUGCACUCCGUCAAGAUGAUCCCCCGACCCCUUGUGCUGUGUGGACCAUCAGGUGCUGGUAAAUCAACCCUGAUGAAGAAACUUGUGGAUGAGUUUGGUCCAUAUUUUGGGUUCUCUGUCUCCCAUACCACUCGUUCCCCUCGUUUAGGGGAGGAGCAUGGCAAACACUACUACUUUGUCGCCUGGGAGGAAAUGGAAAAAGCAAUAUCUAACCAGGAAUUCAUUGAGCAUGCCAAGUACUCAGGCAACUUAUAUGGAACUAGCAAGAAGGCAGUAAAGGAUGUUUUGAGUAAUGGGAAGAUUUGCAUACUGGAUAUAGAUUUGCAGGGCGUUAAACAAGUCAAAAAGACAGACCUGCAAGCUCAGUAUAUCUUCAUCAGGCCACCAUCUCUUGAGCACCUGCGAGAAAGAUUGCUUGGGCGAGGCACAGAGACAGAAGAGAGUCUGAAGCGACGUCUCGACACGGCCAAAGAGGAGAUGGUGUAUGGGGAACAGGAAAGUAAUUUUGACAGAGUUAUCAUUAAUGAUGACCUGGAUCGAGCCUACCAAGAGCUGCGGGAGUUUAUCCAGCCAACCAUUGAAGAGAUGAAAAAGGCCAGCAAAUCUCAAUGAAAUAAGUCCAUGUACAUUUAAUUAUUGUUAAGGUAGUAUGACUUAGCGGUGUGAGUAUUUAGCACUAUUGCCUGUUGAUUUAUCUAGAUAGGCAAAGAAAGCAUUCAGUUUCAUUGUAGUGUCUCCAUUCCAUUUACUGUUGAAUGAUCAGAGUGAAGUAGAGAGCUCAUUUUUAUAUUUAUUUAUAUUUCACGAUUCUCAUUCUGAAACUCUUGUUCUCUUAUAAUUCUCUGUUUUUAGAAAAUAAUCCCUAGAGCUAACUUAACAUAUUAAAAGCUUGAGGGAAUUGUUUCAGGUUUUAGAAAGCAAUUUCAUGUCUUUUGACACACACACACACACACACAUGCUUUUUUUUUUUUUUGUGUGUGUGUGUGUUUGUGUGUGUGUGUGUGUGUGUAUAAAAGAUGCACCUCUAUUUUCAAGCUUAUUAUCUUCAGGGGGAGUUUUUUACACAAUUUUUAUUUAUUUAUUUAUCCAACAUCAGCAUAGUCAUUUAUUAUCCUUUAUCACACUUCAUAAUGAAUAUAAUAACCCAUCAUAAGAGUAAGGCCUGGUACACAUUUCUAGGGGAGGGCUGCAUAUCUACCGUAUAACCUCGAGUAAGGCUGGAUUCACACGAGCCACUUUUUAGUGGUUAGUGGCCGCCACAAAAUAAUGGUAAAAAUAAAACACACACAUCUCUAUGGCUGCAUGCACACGGGACACAUUUUUUUUGUGGUCGCCACAAAACAGUGACGAGUUGUGGCGGGCGGGUCCAUUUUUCCGACCACGCCACUGUGGCCAGCGAUAGAUACCGUUGUUUCAAAUGGCAGCGUGCACACGAGCCACUAUUGGUUGCCACUACCCUGCCACCCGCCGCUUUCCCUCUGUCUUGACACUGACCUUUAUGAAAUGUCAUAAUGAUGUAUAAGUAUGACCUACAUGCAUAACUUGUGUUCAGGAUGCGAUGGAUACGCUCUUAUAUGCUUUCAGAAUUAAUGUUUCAUUUUGUUUCACAGUUUUGCAUAUUAAUUGAUUAUGGUAUGGAUUCAUUACUAAAUGUGGUAGUUUUAUUUAUCAAGAAGUAGAAAGUGGAAAUGUUAUGUAACCGCAAAGACUGAUAAAUUAUGUCAAUAAAUUACAUCUAAUGUGACUUUAUAUUCUUCAUGUUCAGCCUUACAUUAAGAUUACCGCAAGUCUCUCUUCUACCGGCACACACGUCCUCAUGUUGGUGUCCUGCAGUGUUAUACAUGGACCAGUUACUGUCACAAGAUGAUCAAAGCUGUCAUGUGACUUCCUGAAGUAGUCAAAAAAUUUAUCAGGGUGCUCUUUAAGCUCUGUAAAUAAUGUGUGGAAUGCUACACGCAGUAGUCUGUUGCUAAUUAUGGGGUGAACCCAUUACUUUCGUCUGCGGAUUUUGCGCUCCAUCUGCACCAAGAGAACACAGACAGCUGCUAUCUCUACGAGAUACAUAACGCCAUGUACUGACCUCAUUAGUGGCCGCCACUGAGUGGCUCGUGUGCAUAGUGCACCUACUCACCAUUUUUUGUGGUGACCAUUUUUUAUGGUGGCCACUUUUUGUGGUGGCCACUGAUCACUAAAAUGUGGCUCAUGUGAAUCCAGCCUAACUGUCAAUCACAUAUAAAAGUUAAUUUCAUAUUUUUGACAAAACAAUCUAUAAUUUUCAAUAAUUUUUAUGUAAAAUUUGAUCCUAGUAUUUUAUGGAUAACUGGCCAACAUUAUGGGCAAAGUCGUAUACCUAGAAAUAACCAGUGGUGGGCAUCAUUAAUCAGAAUCUUAAUGUCGUUAACCAUUAUAUUAUUAACUUAAAUGUUAACGUCAAUGCCGUUAGCUUCGUUAAUCCAUCAAGAAUGUUAAUGUUAACGUUAAUGUUAAUGAAAAAAAUACGUCAUUAUAUUAAUAUACAGUAGAACCUCAUCCAUCCAGCACAAACGGGGGAAGCUCCUGCUGGAUAACCCGUUUUGAUGUUUCUUUUUGAGACUUACUCCUAUAGAAUUGCCAAAACUCCUACUAUUAGUGGAGGAUGAACAGCCGAAUUCCUCCAUCAGACUAUGGUGGGACUUGUGUUUCUCAAGUCUGUGGCAGAUCUCCAACUCUGCUUCAUUAUUUGAACAUUAACGAUUUACAAAUACUGUGACGAAGCAUGAAUGUAUUGAUCGUUAAUAAUAAUAAAAUCGUUAAGUUUUAGCAAAAAUGUUAACAACAUUAGUUAAUGAUUUGGUGCCCAGCAUUGGAAAUAACACAGCACUUGAUGUCCUGCAAGUCUUCAAGGUAUAAUCCUGUACCUGGAAACAACUCAAUACUAGACAUGCUGCAAGUUUUCAAUCUUUAUACUUUACUCAUUUAUAACCACAAUAAACUCAUGUACCAUGCACUCAUCUCUGUACAUUGUGAGAAACAUGUUCCAUGUGAUCACUGACAAGUUUAUUGGGGCAAAAAAUAGUUGAGGAGAGGGGCCAGUCAUAACCCCAAUCUUCUACAUUGGAUAUGCAAUGCCAAUUUUAGUAUCAUACAAAUUCCAGUGCUUUAUAAAAUCAUGUCUCAGGGUAUUUUAUCUUGUAAAUUUUAAUGAAGUACCUACUGUGAAAUUUUAUGUGUAAACUUUUAUAAUUUUGCAUUUAGCUGUGCAGUCAUAGUUUCAUACCUCAACAGCCACAGCCACCAAGGAGCAUAGCCUUUCACAUAUGCAGUUUCUAUGAAUAGUUUUAAAGAGCUUUAUGAAAUUUGCAGCAUUUUGACUGAAAGUUUCAGCUUUUGAUUGGUUGCCAAAUUAAAGUGCAUUUCUACUUGAAAUUGGUUAGUGAUAGCAUGAACACACACAUCAAACACAUGAAAAUGUUAAUGUUGUUUUAUUUAUUUAUUUUGUUUUAGUCAUGCCUUCACCCUAACCCUGUUGAAGAUGACUAGUUAUGGCUACAAUGAUAUAGUCUAUAAUUAGGAAAUUACAGGUGGCCGUGCCCCAUUUUCUUCUUUUGAUUCUGAUUGGUCAAGUGGCAGCUAAUCACUACUCACUCUUGCAGCAUCACUUAGAAUGUACAAAAAAAAUUUAAUGCACCUCAAAAUUACUAUGAAAUAUGAACUUAGUGCAAUUUUAUCAUUGAACAUUUCUAGUAACUUAAGUGUCAAAGACUAUGAUGAGAUAAAAAUAAUAACUAAGUAAUUUUUAAUUUUUUUUAUUGUAUGAAAUAUUUUCAUUAUUCAUCACACAAGAAUCUAUGUGAAAAAAAUAAUUGAUCAUCUUGUUAUAGGAUGGGGGAACCUGGGGAAGGUAAACUGUGGUAACCCAGUUGUCACAUUGGCCCUGUGUCUCGAGGUGAUAGGCUCCCUCCCACCACAGGCUCAAGGGCCAGUGCGAUGGAGAUGAGCACUGCGGCCAUGCACAGCUAUAGUGUAUGUCCCUGACUUUACCUUUUAUUGAAUGAAUGUUAUAAGUAAUCACCUAAGGAUAUCAAUGUUGCUAAGAAAAUAUGUGUAUGCCUCAUAGUAUUCCAGAUAUCAUUAGAAAACUACAACCAUUAUGCUGGAGAAAGGGCUUCUUGAGUCAAGGAUGAGUCAAACAGUUUCCAGCAUGGUGAUUGGCUGCCACUUGGCCAAUCAGAAUUGCAAAAACAGGAAGGGGUGUGGUUGCCUGUAAUUUCCUAAUCAAACAGACUCUAGUAGCAUGAAAAUCUAUAUACUUAAUGAAGGUCAGGCUAACUUAAAUUAAAAUAAGUGAAGCUCAGUUGAAAUUGCAAGAAUUUAAGGUGAAUCAUGUUGAAGUGACAGUUAUAGUCUAUCGAUUUUAACUUGAACCCUUGGGUGUGACUCAAUCGUUGUCUUUCCCUCUAAUUCCAAGCCAUUCAUAACACCAUGCAGUCGUAUUAUGAGUAUAUAUAUAUAUAUAUAUAUAUAUAUAUAUAUAUAUAUAUAUAUAUAUAUAUAUAUAUAUAUAUAUAUAUAUAUAUAUAUAUAUAUAUAUAUAUAUAUAUAUAUAUAUAUAUAUAUAUAUAUAUAUAUAUAUAUAUAUAUAUAUAUAUAUAUAUAUAUAUAUAUAUAUUCCAUAAAUAGAUAAUGUACAGACUAACAGUGAGACAGAUCGCCAUGAGCAGGUCAUCGCUAGAUCUGUAAAGAAUGGAGGUUUCUCCGGCCCAAGCCACAGGGCUCAAGUUAAAAGUCGAUGGACUAUAGCACAGAACUGGGUACACCUUUGUUGACCACUUAUAAAUGAACAAUGCACAUGUAUUUAUGGCCUCUUAUUGCAUGGUUUAAUCAACAGAAUCAAUAAUUUUACUUCAAACAUGCUGCCUGGUCAAGAAUAGACCAUGGAUGAAACAUGUUGACCUACAUGCAUUAGUAAUGUUUAUGGUAUGUGAUGAAUUAUGAUUGGAGAUUAGUUAAAGUACAUUUAAGGACUAUAUAAUGACUUGUAAAUUUGCAGUAUGCUAAUUAUAUUAAUCCAGAUCAUAUUUAGAGUGACAUAUUUAAUUAGGAAACUAAAAUAGCUGCAGAAUGGUAAUUUUCUCAUUUGCUGUAGAAAUAUUUUGGGACUGUACUUAUGACAGCUAGGAAGACCUGCUUAUUUACGUGCUCUACUACAAGUAGCAUUUUAAGUCCAAGUGAAUGUACGGUGCAUGUGAAAAGUUACGACAGUAUUCACCGCACUGCUCUGCAAUGAUGUUUGUUGAACUUUACAAAAAGAAAUUAUCACUAAUUACAAGCA